UAAGAAUGUUAGCGAUAAUACUACUUAGUGUUGCCACAUGUUUGGUUUUCCUUUACUUCAAAUAUUCCGAUCGGCCCAAGAAUUUUCCGCCAGGACCAAGAGGCUUUCCUGUGGUGGGCUACCUCCCAUUCUUCGGUACAAAUCCUGGUGAAAGUUUUUAUAAACUAAAAGAAAAGUAUGGUACUGUUGUGUCUGUUCAAGUUGGACGUGAAUAUUGGGUGAUACUGAAUGAUUUCGACACGAUUCACAAUGCUUUAUUGAAAGAAGGGGAAAAGUUCUCUGGGAGGCCGAGCAACUACAUCUUUGAAAUAAUAACAAAAGGAAAAGGACUUGUAGGUGUUGAUUAUGGACCGGCGUGGAAAACGUUGCGGAAGUUUGGCAACCAGGCAUUGAAAGGAUUCGGAGUCGGUAAGAAAAGUAUGGAAGAACACAUUAUUGAAGAAAUUCCCUUUCUGUUGGAAAGCUUGACCAGCUCGGGAAAUAAAACUAUCCAGAUCAAGAUAUCGGAAGCUGUUUGCAACAUUGUUAGUCGAGUCAUAUUUGGUUCUAGAUUUGAAUAUGAAGACAAAAGAUUCAACGACAUCAUUGAAAUCGGGAAUAAAUUUUUUAGCAAUCGUCCUGAAGCAAAAAUUAUACCACUAAUGAUGUUUGCUCCGGAAAUGAGAUUCAUUCCUCCUUUUAAAUCUGCUGUUGCGAAUUUUGACAAAGAGUUUCAACGUUAUCUAGGUUACUUUGCAGACAUCAUAACUGAGCAUGAGGCAAAUUUCAAUGCAAAUGAUAUCAGAGAUUUCAUCGAUGCGUUCUUAUGGGAAAUGAAGGAGAGGGGAGGUGACGAUCCAGUUUUCAAUAAACAAGAGCUUGUUCAAUACAUCAGAGAUUUGAUUGAUGGAGGAACAGGAACUACAGCCAGUACAUUAUGUUGGUCACUGCUGUGCUUUGCCAAGUACCCGGAACAUCAAGAGAAAAUCUAUGAAGAGAUCGCUGCAACUAUUGGUGAAAGUGGAAUACCGUCAAUAGAACAUCAGAGUGACAUGCCAUACACUUGUGCAUUUCUACAAGAAAUAAUGCGCCAUAGGACUGUGCUUCCUAUGGGAGUUCUGCAUAAGACAACAGAGGAUGCUGUAUUAAAUGGAUACGCAAUUCCAAAGAAUACUCCGAUUUUGCCAAACAUGUGGUCAGUUCACUACGAUCAGGUAUACUUUGAAAAUCCGAGAGAAUUUCGGCCAGAGAGAUUCAUCAACCGUGACGGAAAAUUCAUAAAAUCAAGUCACGUGAUUCCGUUUUCACUGGGUCCAAGACAUUGCUUGGGAGAACAUUUAGCCAAGAUGGAGCUGUUCAUAUUCCUCACGGCAAUUGUGCAGAAAUUGAAAAUUUUGCCAGAUCCAAAACAAGCACCGCCUUCGUUUUUUGGUGGCCAUAUCAAUUUGAUUUACGAAGCUCCAGAGUUCCAAGCAAUAUUUUUAGAGCGUUGACACGAUUGCAAAACUCCUAACUCAAAAUAGAACUGAAAUAUGAAAAAUCGGAAUAAAAUUAUGGCCUAACCCUAACCUUGUACACACACUAUGGGAGUACCAUUGCUCGUUCUUAAGUCAAUUCAUAUGUUUAUGUUUUAAUCCAUCAAAAUUCCGAAUUGCGUGAAAAUAAACAUCAUAUUCUCUGA